UUGAUUCAACCAGAAAUUUCAUUGCAUUAUAUUUUUGGAUUUUUUUAACGCAUUUAUCAGAUUUAUACACAAAACGGAACCAAAGUCAAUUAUUUACCUUCGAAAUGGCAGGAAAUUUCAAAUUGGAAGCAAGUGUUAAAGCUAAUGGCCGAAUUCCUGUGCGAAAAUACAAGAGUGACAAGACUGGAUUGAGUGUCAUUCUCGCUGAUAUCGAAGGACCCGUUGUAAAUGGUUAUUUCUGUCUUGCAACGGAAGCACAUGAUGACGACGGAUUGCCUCAUACGUUAGAACAUUUGAUCUUUUUGGGAUCAGAAAAAUAUCCGUUCAAGGGAGUUUUGGAUCUCAUUGCUAACAGAUGUCUUGCUUCAGGAACAAACGCAUGGACUGACACAGAUCAUACGUGUUACACAAUGACAACUGCGGGAUCUGACGGAUAUCUUUCGUUGUUGCCCAUUUAUUUGGAUCACAUUUUGUAUCCAACUCUAACGGAUGCCGGUUUCAUUACGGAAGUACAUCAUAUAAGCGGCGACGGAGAAGAUGGAGGCGUUGUUUAUUGCGAAAUGCAAGGACGAGAAAAUAGCGGAGAAUCUCGUGUGCAUUUGGAAUUGUUACGAGCAAUUUAUCCCGGAUCAGGGUACUGCGCUGAAACGGGAGGCAUAAUGAAAAAUUUGCGAGAAUCAACAACGAAUGAAAAGGUCAAAGCGUAUCAUGCGCAAUUCUAUCGUCCGGAUAAUUUGACGAUUAUUGUAACGGGAAAAGUUCAACCUGAAGAUCUUUUCAAGUCGUUAGAAUCUGUUGAGCAGAAAAUCAUAAGCAAAGGAAAAUUACCUCCAUUCGAAAGACCUUGGCAAACUCCCGUUGCUCCUCUUGCUGAAUCAAAGAACAUUAAAAUCGUCUAUCCCAAUGACGAAGAAGAUUGUGGCAUCGUAGCUGUCGGUUAUAGAGGCCCAAAAGCAACAACAGAUCAUUUCACGUUAACCGCAUGCUCGAUUCUCAUGAGAUAUUUAUCUGAUACCUCUGUGAGUCCCUUGAUGCGUGAAAUGGUUGAAAUUAGUGAUCCAUAUUGCUCAAAAAUUGGCUACAAUAUUGGAGAAAACUCCGAGUCUCUGUUGUAUUUCUCCUUCGAUAACGUCUUGGUUGACAAAGUAGACAAAGUUUACGAAAAGUACUUCAGUGUCAUGCAAAAUAUAGCACAAGGCGGCGAGAAAAUCGACAUGAAACGAUUGAAAACAGUCAUCGAUAAAGCCAUUCUUGAAGCACUCAACAGUUUGGAAAGUAAUCCGCAUGAUGAUAUUGCCUUCCAUACAAUUGGUUACGUUUUAUACGGAAAUACGGAGACAGAUUUUGAUGAUCGUUUGAAUUGUAAUCGUCAACUCGAACAAUUAAAAGAAAAAGACGAAGGAUAUUGGCUUUCCUUGUUAAAGCAAUAUUUCAUCGAAGGCAAAAACGUCGUUAUUCGCGCCGUGCCAAGCAUCGAAGAACAACAACGAAUGGCAAAAGAGGAACAAGAACGCAUCGAAAAGCAACAAGCUGAUUUAGGUCCAGCUGGUUUGGAACAAAAAGAAAAAGAAGUACUUGAAGCUAUGAAAAACAAUGAAAUUCCUCCGCCCAUCGAGAUGUUAACUGACGUUGCAAUUCCGAGCAUUGAAAAAAUGAAUUUCCAUCCUUUGCAAAUUUUCCGUUCAUCUUCAAAAGUAUCUCCUCCCGGUUUGGAUUUGCAAAAAUUACCCGUUUACGCUGAAGCGUUCGAUUUGCAUUCCAACUUUGUGUAUAUUAUUACGUCACUCGACACAGAAAGCGUUCCAAAUAAACUUCGCCCUUAUUUGUUACUCUUCACAGAGCUUCUUAUGGAAAGUCCUAUUAUGCGUGACGGGAAAUUGAUUCCGUACGAAGAAGUAGUUGCUCAAUUGGAAGCUGAUACUGUCUCGACAGGCACUCGAAUCGGCUUAGAAACUGCAAGUCGUUUCACAUGCGGACCAUAUUCCAAUACAAUUUCGUUGAUGAUUCAAGUUGAACAACAAAAAUACGAAACAGGAGCAAAAUGGCUCGAAGAACUUUUGCAUCAGACGAAAUUCACUGUCGAUCGCAUCAAGGUUUCAACGUCAAAAAUGGUAAAUGAUGUCGCACAAGCAAAACGAAAGGGCAGCACAAUUGCUCGAGGGCUUCUACAAGCAAUUUAUUAUAAAAAAGACACCAAUGUUCAGCUCGUUUCUCUUUUGAAACAGCAGAAAUUCCUCAACAGCGUUCUCCAAAAAUUGGAAAAACCCGAAAGUGCUCAAACAGUAAUCGAUGAUCUCGAAGCUAUUCGAAAAACUAUUACGAAUGGAGCAAAUGUAGGUUUGCAUUUAGCUGCUGAUUGGGAAAAACUUUCGAAAUUAGGUUUCGAUUUGGCAAAACCCUUCGCCAAUAUCGUAAAGGAAAAAAUUGAAGUAAAAGCUGCUGAAAAAAUGCACGUUGUUCCUGAUUGGAAUCUCAUCAAUUAUGCAGGAAAUUUAGAAAAAUCGUAUUCUGGUUGUGUUCUCGGAAUGGGAUGCGUUGAAUCAGCUUUUCUCUAUUCAGCAGUUGCUUCUUUGACUGACUUUAUGAGUGAUGAUUUACCUGCCUUGAUGCUCUUUUUGCAAUAUUUAACGCAAUUAGAGGGUCCUUUAUGGCGUCAAAUUCGUGGACAAGGAUAUUCUUAUGGAUAUAACAUCGUCCCUCGCCCUCAUGAAGGACUUUUGUGUUUUGGUCUUUAUCGUUCAACGAAUGUUGUUGCAGCUUAUAAAGAAGCAAAACGUAUCGUUACGGAUCAAUUGAAGGCAGAUAGCGAAUGGGAUACUCCUCUUCUUGAAUCAGCACGCAGUUCCUUAAUUUUUGAGAUCAUUGAACGUGAAAAGAGUAUCGGCGAUGUCGUUGUACAGGCAUUGUUGACAACCUUUAAAGAUGUUCCCGUUGACUAUAACAAAAUUUUGGUCAAAAAAGUGAAUGCCGUCACAAAAGAUGAUCUCAAACGUGUCGGAGAAAAGUAUGUUGCUUCACUUUUCACUGCAAAAGCACGUUACAGCAUUAUUUGCCAUCCUGAUAAGGCGCAAGAUAUUAAAGCAGCAUUUGAUCAAUUGGGUCUUCGUCUGAAAUUGGAGAACUCCCUCGAAGAAAGCAUUUUGGCCUAAAACGUACUAUUUAUAAAAUAUACGUGCUUAAUAUACUGAAAUUAUUGAAGUAUUAACGAAUUUCCUUCUCAAAACAAACAUUUUAAAGUUUAUAAAAGGCAUUUGAAAUCUAAU